AUGCACUCGGGUUAUCAGGCCACUUACGCCUACUCUCUCUCCCCCUCUCUCUUCAUCCAACACUCACUUGCUCUUAACACAAUCAUGGCCGACAGAACCAGCCGGGUCAAUGCUAAGCGAAAGGAGAAGAAGACAGAAGACAAAACCAAUGAUGAAAAAGGCAAAGACAAGGCCAGAAAGCAGGACAAAGUUGGCAAAAAGAUGGAGAUGACCCCUGAGCCAUGUGAGGCUACAGAGGACAAGAGGAAUGGAGAAGCUGCUGGGGCAGUAGGCGUGCAGGUGAAGAAAAGUGAUGGAGAUGGCGAGUUCGAACCAAUUGAACUGCCGCCAUUUGAGAUCAUCGCAGGAGAGCAGAUGAGCCCAUUCUACUUCAAGUUUCAGUUCAGGAACGUAGAGUACUCAUCUGGCCGGAACAAAACCCUGUUGUGCUACAGAGUGGACACGCCAGGAGGCAGUACUGAGCCUUUGAAAGGUUAUCUGGAGGAUGAACAUGCCACAGCUCAUGCUGAGGAGGCUUUCUUUCAGCAAGUGCUUCCUGACACAAACCCGUCCCAAGAAUAUGACGUCACAUGGUAUGUGACAUCCAGUCCCUGUGUGGCCUGUGCAGCCAAGCUGGCCAACAUCCUCAGACAACGCAAGAAGCUGCGUCUCUGUGUGUUCUGCUCCCGUCUCUUGGAGUGCGAGGAACCAGAGAUAGUGGAGGGGCUUAAGGCAAUGGUGACUGCAGGCUGCAAAUUGAGGAUGAUGAAGCCCUCUGACUUCCAGCAUGUUUGGGAUACAUAUGUGGAGAAGGAGGACCAGAGCUUUGCUCCCUGGGAGGACUGUCAGGAGAACUACAACUACUAUGUGGAGAAACUGGCAGACAUCCUCAAGUAAAAGUUCUAGUGUGGACUGGAGAUUUCUCCUUCAACCGAACAUUUGGCACAUUUCGGAAAAUGUGUUCAUUGGGAAAACAAGUUUUCAUGGUUUUUUUUUUUUUUUUAAUUCAUCAAAUGUUAUCCUAAAAUUCACGUUUGACAGAGGAAAAAAAGUUGCUGUUAUACUUACAUUAAAAGUACCGUUCCUGUCUUGAAAUGUUAUUGUGACCGUCUAAUCUUGUUGUAGUAACUGUACAUACAUUGACAGCGGGCGUCUUGUGUUAUACAGUAACAGUAUGGACUAAAAGAUGAAAAAGUGAUGUUGCAAAAAUGUUGAAAAAAUAUUAUAACAGUACACCUGAAUUUAUCAGCAAAAAUACACUUCUACAAUUCGAAACAGCUAAUAUUACUUGCACUCUGGUAUAUCAGUGGAGAUUUGACUUUUCAUUUGCAUCACCACAACAAAAUUUGCACCUUCACUCUGAUAUAUUCUUAUUUUCUCUAACUUUUUCUUUGACCGAUGCUAGCAAGUUUCAAAUACAAAGGCUUCUUUGGUGGCUCAGUGUUGAAAGGAAACCAGAGCACCUUCUUCCUCUGGAGGUCUAUCACUGCUCUCUGUUGUCACAGCUGUAGACAUCAACAAAGAUUAUUUGAUGAGCUCCAUUACCUUGUACAACACACUAUACCUUGGUCUUCCUGCAAGGUUACAAGUGGUGCAUUUGAUUCAGUGCAAGUAAUGUCCACGCCUUCUGCAGGUCAAAUUUAAUUUCAAGAAAUAUUAGUGAGGAACGUGUUGAGUGGCACUGUACCCUUCAGUCAUCUAAACUGUACCUUUUGUAGGAGGAUCUAGUUCUUCAUUUGUGAUGUAAUCCACCAGUGGACAAGGAGCGUCUGCAAAAACGAUAGAGGAACUUUAACAUGACUGCCAACGCCUAAACUGAGGCAAGCUGUGAAUGUGCUUUCUACAGUACAGUCUAAAUAAGUUAUCGAGUUUGAGGAAAUAGACACCGGGCUAUGUCAUCAUACCAUCACGGUUCUUGAGCUGAGCCAUGGUGAGAAAGAGCUCGGCCUCCUCUGGCCCUCCAUCAUCCUCCGCUGCACAAUCAGAAAAGACACCAUGCCACUUCAUUAGCUUACUUUUGAUAGUCCUUUCCUCAAAAUCAGUGGUUUUCAAACUGGGGUCUGCUAGCCAAUUUAUGUUGACCAAAUAUGUUGUUCUAACCCAAUUCUAAGCUUUAACGUGACUGUGAUAUUAUCACAGUACAUGACAUGCAGCACGCACACUGAAUUUCUACUUUUCUAUCACUCCUUUCUCAUGAAGAGUUGUAAACAUGAGAUAACGCAACUUCUGCAAAAUAUUUGCUACCUGGAAGUUCAACGCUUGAACCAAAAGUUUCCAACAUGUUGAUACAGUAUAAAUGGGAACCAUGUCUUUGGCAUUGCUCUGUACAAAUUAAUAUGUGAUUGUCUUCCUCUGGCCGAUUUCUUGUCAAACAGAACACGAUGUAAAAAUUAGUGUUGCACCGAUACCAUUUUUUGGGCCCGAUACCGAUACAGAUACCUGGCUGUGCAGUAUCGGCCGAUACCGAUACCAUUCCGAUACUACUCUGUUUGCAAAAAAAAAAAAUAUAUAUAUAUAUAUAUGUGCGUAUAAGGGAUGCAACGAUACAGUUAAGUCUCGGUGCGAUUUUCGAUACAAUUCAAUACAUUUAAUGCUCUGAAACAGAAAAUACAACUGUUAUUAUUAUUAUUAUUAUUAUUAUUAUUUUUUUUUUUUUUUUUUUUUGCUAACAAGCAAAAAUAACAGUGCCAUCAUAUAAACAAGCAUUUUAGUGCAUAAUAUUUAUGUGCUUACUUCUUACUGAUCUGAAGAAAAAUUCUGUAUAUAAGUGCUGAGAACAAUUUUUACUGUUUGUAAAGUGGGUCACACUGUUGAUUGCCUCAGCUCUCUUAGCAGCUAUAUUCACCAUAUAGGCAAAACAUCCUAUUUGUGGUCCGAGUCCAUCUGUAACAUGUACUGAAUUAAGAGUAUUUGCAGCAUUAUCUAUAGUCACUGGUAUGGGUUGCUUUGGCCUGCUUAACUUCCAUUCAGUCAUGGCGGUUUCUAUUUAAUCAAUGCAGUCUAUGGACUACGCGGCGCUCUGGGCUCACGCAGCUAAUGGCAUGGGAUCUAUUGUACUACAUCUAGGUUGCUAUUUAAUGAUAUCUAGUGUGUGCGUGCGAGAGUUGGCAUGGGAUCUAACAUAGGACAUCUAGAUUGCUAUUUGAUGAUAUCUAGUGUGCGCGCUGCGCAGCUUGAGUGUUUUCUGGCCACAGAAGUCACUUCUGCUCAUUACUGCACAACACCAGCAUAUAACAAUCGACUUUCAUAAACAGGACGAGUUUGAAGUACGGCGCUCUUAAUUUGCCACUCAUUGUUCAUCAUGAAACCAUGAAUUUGCUUAGUCUCCCACGGUCUUAACCUUUCUGAUCCCAUCGGCGUUUCAACAUCAAGCGUUAACUUACACAUGUUAGUCGUUUGUGAAUACCAUGUCAAAUGAGCAGCGUAACAUCGCGGAUAUACAGUUGCAGUGUACAUCCGCAAUAUUGAAGACGGAGGUGUAAAUUUCAUUUGGUAAUUUCGAGACAAAGACACACAGAUGUAAUGAUUUGGGGAGUUAGCUCACGUGGGGAGGACAGUAUAUUUGCGUUCAAAUGAUGCCAGUAGAUGGUAUCGGUGCCCUAAAUGUUGGUACUUGUCGAUACCGAUACCACCAAUUCGGGCCGGAUCAGCGCCCCCUGCCCAUACUGGUAUCGGUAUCGGUGCAACUUUAGUAAAAAUGUAUCCUCCCAUCUCCACUCUGUGUUCGCAGUCAUGUUGUCAGUGGAAGAAGUGCACAGCAGCUGACCCUAAGAUAUAAAUAUUGAAUUUAAUUGAAGGGACCAUUGUUGUUCUUAUCAAUUAAAUGACUCUUAAGUAUUUAAUUAAAAAUCCUAAGGUUAUUAAUUCAUCCGUAAUGGAUUGUUCAGAUCUACUUUUUCCAAAUGCUCACGAGGCUUUGCCGUUUAAUCUGUAAUGCACAUCUGAUUUACACGCUGCAAGAGAAAAAGUGUGCCUCAUUAUUCGGUUUUGAGGCUCCUCUUAAUGAUAUGUAUUUUUUAAUUGAACAAAAACAUGGAACGAAUGUCGGUCUGUUUUUGCUUGUUGUCUGCAUGGCCUUGGAAGUUUUCCCUCUAACCCCAGGUUUCAUCAAUUCAUGCUCAAAGACUAGAACGAAAUGGUCAGAGAAAAAUGAAAUGGCGCUAUUGAAAGGGAAAAGUAAACUGUUGACAGAGGAGACGUUAACAUGGCACAAAAAUGAUAUUUAUUGAUUUUUUUUUUCUUUACGAAAAGACCAGAAUUUUCUAAAAUUCAAUUCGAGGUCGAAAAUGAAAAUGAUUGUCCUUUGGUGUCUUCGAAUAAGUAAAGACAUGCUUGCAUUGAGCUGCCGCCAUGCAGAGCAUUGUUGGAUAUUCGUGUGCAAUUUAUUUUAGUGUUGUGAAAAGGAGGUGUUAAACCGAGGCUUAUUGGCCCUUUUAGUUUUCAAAUGUAUCUGUGUGUCAUUGCACCGUCUUGCUGCAGGGAUUUGCAUUAUAAUACACAGCCGCUUUUAUUUCCAAUACAAAAAUUCCAACACACACUGGAGGUGAAAGAGAACGCUAUCUUUGUAGUAGCCUAGUAAUAGUACGUAAACUAUCCAGCAUGCGUGUGUUCUGCCAUUGUGCACGCCUUGUAUGGAGAAAUCGCACGAGCAUGACAAAUUUGGGCCAAAAAAGCUGUUUUUGAAUAUGGAAAAACUAAAAAAGAUUCUUCGCACCCCGUGUUGUGAGUGACUUCCAGCAUCCUUGAGUACAAUGACCUGGAUGGACAAGAUUUUACAAGAAUGUCUAGAUUGAAAAGUGACCUUGCAUGAAAUCGCCCCCCACCCACUGUUGCAAGUAUACAAUUCAUCAUAAUGAGCGUGACGUUAAAGCUUAUCACCAAUGUGGUUUGUGAUCAGGGGCGGACUGGUAAUCUGUGGGUUCUGGAGGAUCACAGAACGGCCGGUGCCCUGGACGGCCGGCGGCCGCCAUUCAUUAUACAUCACUGUUUUUAUCCCCCCCUAGCCUCUCAUUAUCUACAGUUCGCAUCCAAUCCGACAGGUGGCAGCAAUGCCCCUGGCUGUUCAUCGCCAGUCUGAUAGAAGAACGAAGAAAACAAAGUAGCCUUCAUUGGUUCUUUGAAGAAGCAAACUAGCGAAGAGCGUUAAUGCACAAUAUGGAUGGUGGUGGCAAAAAAAGAGAAGGGUGGCGCGGAGAAGGUUAGGGAGAAAAAAUUUAAAGAAACUGGAGAGCAAAGCAUUAAAAUGUCCUAAAUUGACAAAUAUUUUCGCAAGCAAGCAGCAGUCUGGCUGCAACGGCCACGUCGGGUAACAGUUACUAACAGCAGCCCAGCCCCCGGCGAUGGUGACAGGGGUAGCGGGAGCCGCUCUGACGUGCAGCCGGUGCAGGGAGAGAGAAAAGAAGAGGGAGGGUUUAAUGAUAAGCUGGUGGAAGUUCCCCAGACAAGCGCGGGGCAAGUAGAAAGGGAUGAAAACGGUCACUUGCUCGGUAUACUGGCAAUUGUUAUCCACCAGGUAGCCACAUUUUAAAUGAAAUAAAUGACAAUUAAAGGGUUAGUGCCAGCUAGUCCGUUUGCAAUCGUGUCAAGUUACAGUAUGCUAGUCCUACUAUCACUCUCCUAAGGAAAAAUAUUUUAGCUGUAAAAGAACGUAUGCACAAGCAGCAGCAAUAUUAAUUCAGAAGAAAUAUAACAAAAAUAUUAAUAAAAUGAAUGGCAAGUUAAAUUGAUAUAUUUUUUUAAAUCAUGUAUAUAUCGUUUUGUUUUCUGGUUAAUACUUUCCAAUGAAGGUUAUGUAUCCAGGAUUUAUCUUGAAAUGUUUAUUGUAUUUUCAUUGAAAUGUAUUAUUUGUAUGGCAAGAUUAAUUAUGGCAGGGGUCUCCAAACCGGUCCUCAAGGGCCGCUGUGGGGCCUGGUUUUUGUUUCAACCGAUCGAGUACCGACAGUUUAACCAAGGAAGUUUCUGCUAAAACAAGCAGCACCUGACUGCAAUCAACUGAUUGCACAUGUAAGACACCAGAUUGGUGCAUAGGUGUUGUCUUGUUUUGUUGGAAUGAAAUCCUGCGCCCACUGCGGCCCUAAGUGGAAUAGUUUGGAGACCACUGAAUUGUGGCAUAAACAAUGAAAUCAUUUUAUAGACAGAUAAAUAGGGAUAUAUUAUAAUAAAUUAGAUACAUAAAACUUGCUUUGAAAAAUAAAUUCUUUCAUUUGUUUUUCAGGUUGAUCAUAGAGCUAGUACAGAAAAUGAGCCCAACUCCAGUUCAGCCUUGCAGUACUUUGAGCGCCCCAAGUCAGACAGUUACAGUCUAGACACAUUUUCUUCAUUUUCUCUCAAAGUGCACGAAAUUGAUGCAUUUUACAAUAAAAUGUAAAAAAAAAAAAAAAAAAAAAAAAAAAAGUCUUCCGGGGGGCAUGCCCCCGGACCCCUAGGGGGUCUGUGUUUCCCUUCGUAGAGCGAUUCUUGUGGGUUGGGCCGAGUCAAAGUCCAGGGCUGCUUUUUAGUCCCAGUCCGCCCCUGUUUGUGAUUGAUUGCAAUUGCAUUUGUAUGUCAAACUGCUCAAACCCAUUGAAUUCCCAUUGGAAUUUAGGGGGCGGGUACAUUGUCGUUAUGUUUAAUUGGCAUUUGGAUUAUGAGGCAUUCCUUGGAAAAACCUUUUACUCCAUACGGUACCUGGACCCAAAAGACUGGAGAACCCCUAGUUGAAACGGCCACCACACCUGGUUUUCUGGUGACUCUGAGAAUAACACAGCCGAAGAAAACAGCAAGGAUGCCGAAGAAGAUGCAGCCCGAGAUCGAAAGGAGCACCCGCCUCUUCAGCACUAGAGGUAAUAGAAGCCAAAAAAGAAACUGAGGAGGUAAAAUAAUCAAACAUCCACAUGGCAUUCCAAACUUACAUAAGUUCUUAGUUGUGAGAGGAUCACUUUUUUUUGAGAAAGAUGGUCGCCCUAAGCGAAUACCCUGGCAAACGUAUUGGCUCUGCUUAGGGUCAUUUUGGGGCGUGACCGUAUAUUUGUCAGAUGAUGAAUUCGGAAUCCACUGUCCUUCCAUAAACCUGUUUUUUGAUGGUAUUUUUCACAGAUGUCACAACAUUUACUUCUGGCUCUUGUAUUGGAUGUCAUUUGAUCAUUUUUGUAUUCAAAAUACUGUAACUGAACUUGACUUAUUACCACGUGUAGUUCCACUUGUCUUCAUUGCCUUUAACCUCACAUUUAAGCACAAGACUGUCAGUGGAAAAUACCUCAGACCAACCGGUUAACACAAUAAUAUUUGCUGAUGGCCGUUCUAAAAAAGCAAUAAUAAUACAUAGAUAAGUUGAAUAAUCAAACACAUAGUGUGGUUGACUUUAACAAAGAAGGAGGAAUGCACAUACCCUCAACUUUGAGCCUUAAAGGCCGACUUUGUUCCGUCUUGAAUAUUGCAGUAGGUUUCCCUCUGGCUGCUUGACACUUAUAUGAUCCAGUGUUUUUUCUGUCUACAGAACCUAUUGUGUAAUUCUUUCCAGAGACAGUGAGCUGAGUGUCGUCUUUGAACCACAUAUACCACCACCCAAAGGAAACAUUGAUGUGACAGGUAUAUGUGACGGAAUCGCCAGUGUGCAUGACCAUGUGUUCAGGCUCCUGCUCCAUUUGGAUGAUUGGUUUGUCGUCUAAGGGGGAAACAUGGAUUCAAUGUGUCGGUGGCAAUUUUCCAGUUAUACUUGUUCCUUGUCUUAUGAAUCGAUUUUUUUCGGUUACCAUUCCUUAUCCUAAACCACUUGAAGCACAAAUCAACUUUCCCCAUCGAAACCAAUUGAAAUGUAACAGGAACAAACCAAAAGUUGGGGUAUGCAUACGUCAAAGCACCAUACUUGACAUAAAGUUUUACUCAAUUAUUCAAGAGAAUAGACUUACCAUAAACAGUAAGCUGCAGUCCAGAUGUGAAGUUGCUGAUAACAGACCUGCUCCUGAGCUUCCCCGAGCAACUGUAUAGUCCUCCGUGAGCGGGUGAAGCAGAACGAAUGGACAAGGUGGCUCUAUCCAGCCCAAAGGUUACUGUGUCAUCACUAUGGAUUACCUGGUUGUCUCGGCGCCAUGUGUAUGUCCAGCUAGAACUGUUUGCCAUUGCGCACCUUAAUGUCACACUCUCAGUGGGGAACACAUCAGCCCAAUGAUUGCUUGGGGUCAAAGAUGGAAGUGGGAUUUCUGAAAAAGCACACAAAGUAUCCAUUUACCAUUUGGAACUCAUGGACUUCAUGAUUCCCUUAAAAAUGACGUGUCAGUCUCAAUCAUCGCAAGCCAAUUUCAAUUUUGAUAAGAAUCAUAUUGAACACACACCAAGCCAAUAACUUGCUGCCUGUCAAUGCAGUUACACAUCACAAAUGUAUGGCCUUUAACACACAAUAUACUGAAAACGUAUUUUUUCUUUGAAUAAACCCCUCUAGUUUUGAGCUAAGUUGGAAACAAUUUUGUGCAGAAACAAAAGUAAAAGAUAAUGAAGUAGAAAAAUGAAAUGGGACAGCAUAUGUCAGCUGAAUGAACUGAACGUACCCAGAACAUUUUGAAUCAGUUGGUCACUGAUGUCUGUGGAUAUAUUUUGGCCUCUAGUGGCCUUGCACCAAUAGGUCCCCGCGUCAUGUGUACUGAGGUGGAUUUGGAGGGUCUCGUUUGUAGCCACAACCUCCUUUUUAUCUUUGAACCAAUGGUACACCCAGUCAGACCCCACCUGAACUUUACAGGUGAAUGUUAUGUUUUCUCCAACAAACAUCGAAUUCAAAACCGGAUCCUUUCUCAGUGACGGUUUUGGAAUGUUUUCUAAAACAAACCAAAAAAAAAGUCUCUCAAAGAUAUGGUCAUUAAUCAGCAUCACUUGCAGCAGGGAUUCACAAUAAUUGUUUAAUUUAAACCACUAAUUAAAAAAAAAAAAACUUACCGUAAAAACCCAUAGGUUGGGGUACUCCUACGUCAAAGUAACAUACUAUACAGAAAGUUUUACUCAAUUAUUAGAGAGAAAAUACUCACCGUAAACUAUAAGUUUCAGUCCAGAUGUGAAGUUGCUGAUAACAGACCUGCUCUUGAGUUUCCCUGAGCAACUGUAUUGUCCUCCGUGAUAGGGCGAAGCAGAGCCAAUAGACAAGGUGGCUCCAUCUAGCCCAAAAGAAAUCGUGCUAUCACUUGGGAUUGCCUGGUUGUCUCUGAGCCAUGUGUACGUCCAGCUGGAACUGUCCACCAUUGCGCAACUAAAUUUCACACUCUCAGUGGGGAACACAUCAGCCCAGUCACUGCUUAGCGUCAAAGAUGGAAGUGGGAUUUCUAAAAAAAAGAAAAAAAAAGCACACAAAGUAUCCAUUUACCAUUUGGAACCCAUGGACUUCAUGAUUUCCGUAAAAUUGAUGUGUCAGUCUUGAUCAUUGCUAACCAAUUUCAAUUUGGAUAAGAAAUAUAUUGAAAAUACCCAAAGCCAUUAACUUCCUGCCUGUUGAUGUGGUUACACACCACAAUUAUAUGUUUUUUUUUUUUUUAUCACACAAUGCACUGAACAUGUAUUAUUAUUAUUAUUAUUUUAAAUAAAUCCCUCUACUAAUGGGCCAAGUUUUGAAUAAUUUUGUGCAGAAACAAAAGUGUAAAAUAAUGACGUAGCAAAAUGAAACUGGACACUGCCCUCACACCAUCUAAUAUUUACCGCUAAAUGUAUUCACUUCCGUCACCACCCUGCACUGGACCACAUCCUGUUUCAACAGAAUAAAAACAGCAUAGAAAGGAAGCAAGGUGCUCACUAACUGUUGUUCCACUCACUAAGCUCCUGAGGUUCAAAAGGGUUAAGUUGCUCAAAUCAACGAAUAGCAUUUGUCAGCUGAAUGAAUUGAACGUACCCAGAACAUUUUGAAUCAGCUGGUCACUGAUGUCUGUGGAGGUACUUUGGCCUCUAGUGGCCUUGCACCAAUAAGUCCCUGCAUUAUGAGUACUGAGGUUGAUUUGGAUGGUCUCGUUUGUCGCCGCAAGUUCAUUUUCAUCUUUGAACCAGUGGUACAUCCAGUUGGACCCCACCUUAACUUUACAGGUGAAUGAAACGUUUUCUCCAACAAACAUUGAGUUCAAAACUGGAUUCUUGCUCAGUGACGGUUUCGGGAUGCUUUCUAAAACAAAAACAAAAAGAGUCUAAAUAAUUCAGGUAAUAAUCAGCAUCACUUACAGCAGGGAUUCACAAACAUU